AUGGAAUGUGGCACCACCUCUGUUACUGACCACUCCUCGCCUGUGACAGUGGCUCUGUGUGCAGCCUAUUGUACGGCUCGGCCUAUACCACGAGCGCCCGUUAGGGGGCAGCAUAGCGCCUCUAGCCCUAUAUUCAAACUGCCUGCAAACAAAAGAGGGGAAAAAAGUACAAAGAUCAGGAGCCGGAGAGUAAGUGAAGGAGAUCAGAAGCCGGCUGGCAGGGAGCUGGAGCCAGUGGCAGCAGCAGCUGCAGUUUGGGACUCUCUCUUACCAUCACUUGCUGCUCUCUCCUGGUGGAGCUGCACGCCU